CUGGUUCCUAAAAUUUCUUUCAGAUUUCAUUUUUAGGAAGCUACACCUAAGCGUGGGAUACUCAAGAAGAUAAAUUUAUUCGAAAGACCCACACUUUUUUUUAACAGGAAUCACGUCUCAAAUUUUUCAUUUACACCCUGUAUUUGCAUAACAUCCUUUCACAAUACAAUGCCGUUACUGCGAAACGAGGUUGCUAAGAUAUAUCAAGUUUUGUCAAUAUUUGGGAACUUCACCCUGUUUUCAUCUGAGUUACUUUCAAUAGUAUCACAAAAAAUGGAAACUACAAGAGAAGAAAUCGAAGGAAUAUUGAAGCUAUUCAAUGCAGAGCCUCGUCGUAGAUAUGUAGAUGAUUCUGAUGAAGAAGAAUUGGAAGAUCCAGUGCAAACUGUGAAUCCUAUUGAUGGAGAACCGGUCGUAGAGGAAAAGAAAAAUCCGUAUGCGAAAAUAGAUGCUGAAGAAGAAAGAAGACAAAAGUUUGAAGAAUUUACUGCUGAAAAUAAUUUUUUUCUCGAUGAGGAACAAACUAACACGGACUGGAAGAAAACCCCUAAAUGGCAGCUUUCCUAUAGACAGAAAGUUACACCUUCCGACGUAUUUUUGCAGAUGGGCCCAAAAAAUCCCUCGACAGCCAGUUGUGAAGAUAUGAUAAUCGAGGUUUUUCUACCGAACGAUAAACGACAGAAUAUAGAUCUCAAAGUGAAGAAUACCCAAUUGCAGCUAUUUUCUCCAAAUCAUAUAUUGGAUAUACCAUUGCCCCAUCCUGUUGACCCUCAAAAAGGAAAUGCCCAAUGGGAUCAAGCCAGUGAAAAGCUCACUAUUACUUUGAAUAUGCAAAGGGAGUUUGAUUUUAUGAAUUUCUGAAUAUAAUUCAUGAUUAUUUUUUCCAAUAAAACAAUCUUGUAUCUCUA